AUGGCAUUGCACGCCGAUUUCAAGAACCGGGGAGGCUUACAGGGCUUGCAGGGCCUCUUCAACCCGAAAGCUGGCAAGAAGGUCUUCGCAGCAUCCCUGGACUCCGUGCUACCCGAUGCUCGCUCGCAGAAGUUGGCGAGCACUGGUGGCAAGUUGCCGGUUCUGCAGGCGGCCAGAGCACAAGACCCUUUGAAGUCCGAAUCGCCUGGACCACCUGUUGCGCCUGGACCGACCCCGGAGCCUGAGCCUGUAGAGCCCCGCAAAUGGUCCCGGGUCUUCCAGAAUGCGGUGCAGAGUCUGGUUAAGCAAGUGCAUCAAGUCAGUGAUGACUCGAAGCCGCAGGAGAAGACACUGGAACCCGAGAUUGAAGACAAGCAUGAGGCGCCGGCCAUGACGUCGACGUUAUCAGAGCCGAAGCCGCCAGAGCAGCAGAAAAGCCCGGAUGCAAGGAUGAGACGUGUGCUUGCCAGGGCACGGCUACCGGCAAAGCAGCCUGAGAGGAUCGAAGAGAUCAAGAAUAUCGAGGUCUUCGCGGAGCGGCUCGUGGAUGCCUAUGGAUCCUUGACCCUGGCCUUUCAAGCCUUUGACAGCCACGGCCGAAGUGAGGUCACGCGCUCUCAGUUCGACGCGGCGCUUGAUGCCCUGGGCCUGGAUAUCCCCGAGCUCUGUGACAUCCCUGCGUCGAAGCUCUUCAGCCUGGUGAGCCGAGCCUCCAAGAAGCCCAUCGGAGCCUUGACGGAGCAAGCGUGGACGGCUUUCUUCAAGAAGUACCUCGAGAAGACGGCCUCGGCGCAUCUGCUGGAUGCCGACGUCAACAUCCAGGCUGCCUUGAGCCAGCUUGCAGAGCUGCACCGCUUGCAGCCACGUCGGGACUAUGGGCGCCAGGACAAUCAGGGCUCCGAAGCGCCGCCCCGUCGCUGGGGAGUUGUGGCUGCCGCGGUGCUCGACGACGAGGCCAUGGCCAAGUUAGCCAUCUUCGAAGAUGUCGGCGAGAGCAAGAAGAGCUCCGAGACAACCGCCGGCAGCAGCCGGCGGCGGGCUGCGCGCACCGAGGCGUUGGAGACGGAAAGAAUCGAGGAAGAAGAUGCAGAUGCUUCCGGCUCAGCCGAGUCGGACAUCGGCGAUGACUCCGACGUCGAUAUAGAUGCGACGAAGACGGAAAGGACACCGCACCCGCAUGGUGACCAGGCGGACAGUGCUGCGCCGCGUCAUGGCCUGCAUGGCCACGCAUCCUCUGGCGCCGGAACAGAUGCCGCCGGCGAUGGUGCGGAUGGCAUUUCGCCGGGGAGUGGAUCCGGUGUCGGCCACGGUACUUCGGAUCCCACGAACGACAGUGACGAUCAGAACCCGCAACAUCCACAGCAUCCUCAUGCCCGUAGGCUGGCGCAAGUCGAAGAGGAGACCGACUCGGUCUCUGGCGCCGGUGUGAAGGUAGCGGGCAUGGAUGGAUCUUCCGAUGGCCGGGACAUGUCCAGAUCAACAGCUGCAAGGGAUCCAGGGAAGAUGCCCUCGACGUCCGGCUCUGGUCACUUUGGUCUCGGCGGUUCUGGAUCUUCUGGAUCUGGUGCCAAUGGCAAUGGCUCAUUUGGUCCAGGCUCUUCCCCUGCUGCUGGUGGAAUGAACGCUUCAGAAGCCGAUAGGAAAGUGACGGGAGGGCGAGUGCAAGAUGACAGUCGCAGGCACAAGGAGCCAAGCACGCAUCAUGGCCAGGCGUCCUCGCAUUCGGGCCGGAACGGGGACAGCCUGUCUGGAGACACAUUCGGCUCAGGCCCUUCUGAACUGCUCUCUGCCGGCACCGGAAAUGCCGGUACUGGAGAUCAAGCUGCAGGAGAAAACGUAUUUCGACGCGGCGGCCAUGGGGACCAGACUGGUGUCAAAGCAAAGGAUCGCCGCGCUGGGCGAACAGGUCUUUCAGGUUCCGUCUCCGCGGCCGAGCUGGAUGGAGGGCCCAUGGGAUCCGAGUCGUUUUCAGGAGUUGCGGACGAAAGCCGGAAAGCCUACCAUACCGAUCCGCAUGAUCUUCUAGCAGGAGGAUCUCAAGAAGAAGUAGCUCAAGAAGAUUUGCCGGCAAAACCUUCUUGGGCUGAGGGCGGAGAAGCAGAUGUAACUUCUGGCCUGAAGGUGUUCCACGCAAAUGGCAAGGCGGAAGAAACCUCCGACUCCGAGGUGGAUGAUGAGAUCAGCAGUAUUGAGGAGGAGAAACCUGCCAGUGACCUUCAAUCACUAGUGAAGCAGGUUUUCAGGCUCUACGCCACUGGCUAUUCGAAGGGCCAGUAUGUGUUCAUCCGGAAUCCCGACUUGGCCCGCUUCAUGGAGGAUGCAAAGGAAGCGCUGCCUGGCCACCGGAAGAAGUUUCGACGCUUUAAGCGAAUAUUCGAGUCGAUCUUCGAUGACACGAUACAGCUUCAGUGUGACAUGCCGGGUCAGGGCAUGCGAAUCACAGCGGGCUUGACAUUGGACUGGUUCCAGGUGUUCGUGCAAAAGGCCGUCCGUCGCGUGGGCACGGAAGUGAUGGGCUUCUUUAUGGCCCUGCUAGAAGCGCAGGGCUGCUAG